AGAUCGUUGUUACGGGAGGCCAGCUACCUCCCUGAUCCCAAUGCCCGACUGUUCAUCCGCGCCAAAGUUCUGGGCCAGACUAGGAAAAAUGCCUUUCGCAUACGGCAGCAUCGUGACAACCCCACGUCGGUUGCGGAGUGGACGAAACUUGCUCUUCAACAAGCGAACAAAGCGCUGAACCAACUGCGCCGAGCCAAUGAAGGCGAGCGGAGCCGAUUGCUUCGCGUGCUGUUGAUGACUUAUGGCAGGAUUGGAAGCAGACGGUAUGAGCUGUUAAAGCCACUCUACCAGACCGACAGGAAAGUCGACGGCGCCUCCACGGAGAACAGCAGCAGCGGCGGCGGCAGCCUCGACGGCGGUGACGAUCUGCCAGCAUUGACCCCCGAGAUCUAUGCUUUGGCCAAGUCUCAAAAGCAGGCCAAUCCUCCGACACACACGCGCAAGAAUCCACGGCAUUUGGAGCCCAUCAUACCGGCAACCAACAAUCGAAUGCUUCCCAUGCCCAAGAAGCGAAUCAAGAAUAUGCAUCGGAAAUGGUACGCGGACUUCCUCAAUCGACUACUCCCUCCACUGCCCACGAAGGAAUGGCAACAGCUUCGAGACUGGUCCCAGGGCCACAAUCUCCCCGACCUGGUUAUACCUCGCCGCAAUGCCUCCGAGCGACUUCACUUUGGGAAAUACAGCGCGCUUGAGGCUACCGUACUGCAAGGCCGAAUCGACAAUGCAGUAUACGGCAAUCGGGAGGCGCACGAAAUCACGCCUCGAUACAUGCAACGCCUGUGGGCGACGGUGUUCUCCAUCAGCCCGUAUAUGGUGUAUAAUGACGAGACGAAGGAGUGGCGUGUGCUGUGG